GCCGCCCGCAGCUCCGCAAUAUGCCGCCGCGGCCCUCUGGCUCUCGGCCAUGGCGAGGCUCAGCCGGCGCGUCCCUUGCACCCUGCUCCUCGGCCUGGCCGCGGUGCUGCUGAAGGCGAGGCUGGUCCCCGCGGCCGCCAGAGCCGAGCUCAGCCGCUCCGACCUCAGCCUCAUCCAGCAGCAGCAGCAGCGGCAGCGGGAGGAAGCCGAGGAAGAGAGGCCGGAGGUGCCCGGGGCAUCCUCUACAGUUGCAGCUCCAGUGUCUGUAUUUAUGCUGAAAGUCCAGGUGAAUGACAUCAUCAGUCGUCAGUACCUGAGUCAAGCAGUUGUAGAAGUGUUUGUAAACUACACAAAGACAAAUUCCACAGUAACUAGAAACAAUGGAGCAGUGUUGAUAAGAGUACCCUACAAGUUAGGACUCAGCUUGACCAUUAUUGCUUACAAAGAUGGCUACGUGUUGACACCUCUACCUUGGAAGACCAGAAGAAUGCCAAUAUAUUCAUCAGUUACACUUUCAUUGUUCCCACAAAACCAAGCAAAUAUAUGGCUAUUUGAAGACACUAUUUUAAUUACUGGAAAAUUAGCUGAUGCCAAAUCUCAACCAAGUGUUCAGUUUUCAAAAGCCUUAAUUAAACUACCCAACAACCAUCAUAUUAGCAAUGUUACAGGCUACCUUACAGUUCUACAACAGUUUCUGAAAGUGGAUAAUUUUCUGUAUACAACUGGCAUUACUCUCAAUAAGUCAGGUUUUGAAAGCAUUGAAUUAACUCCUCUUGCUGCAAUAUGUGUGAAAAUAUAUUCUGGAGGAAAAGAAUUAAAGGUGGAUGGCUCUAUUCAAAUUUCUCUUCCUCUUUUACAUACAAAUGAUGUAAGUGCAGGGGAUCACAUACCUGCCUGGACAUUUGAUAUGAAUACAGGUGCGUGGGUAAAUCAUGGCCAGGGAAUGGUCAAGGAAUAUAACAGUCAUUUAAUUUGGACAUAUGAUGCACCACAUUUGGGCUACUGGAUAGCAGCUCCACUUCCAGGAACUAGAGGGUCAGGUAUAAAUGGAGAUUCAAAGGACAUAACUGCGUACCACACAGUAUUUCUUACAGCCAUAUUAGGAGGAACAAUAGUCAUUGUCAUUGGAUUUUUUGCUGUACUUCUUUGUUACUGCAGGGAUAAGUGUGGUACUCCACAGAAAAGAGAAAGAAAUACCACUAAACUUGAGGUCCUCAAGAGAGACCAGACAACUUCAACAACUCACAUAAAUCACAUCAGUUCGGUCAAAGUUGCAUUAAAGACUGAGGACAAAUCACAGUUAUUCAAUGCCAAAAGCUCCUCGUACAGCCCUCAGAAAAAGGACUCAUCCAAGGUGGAAGCAGAAGAAAGAGUUUCCAUGGUGAAAACUGGGGAUAAUUUAAAAAUCUACAACGAAGAUGUUUCGUUUCUGUCAGUCAAUCAAAAUAAUUACUCCAGAAACCCAGCACCGUCUUUGGAGCCCAAGGUAGGGUCCAAACAACUUAAACAUGUUAACAACAAUAUGUCUUCAUCUCUAGGUGAUCCGCAAGAGGAAAAGAGGUAUCUCACAGGUAGGGAAGAGGCAUAUGGGCAUUCCCACAUUCCAGAACAGAUCAUGCACAUCUACAGCCAGCCCAUAGCCAUCCUUCAAACAUCUGACCUCUUCCCCACUCCAGAGCAGUUGCAUCCUGCUAAGUCAGCUACUCUGCCGAGAAAGGGACAGUUAGUCUAUGGCCAACUGAUGGAGCCAGGAAAUAGAGAGAACUUUACACAGACAUUGCCGAAAAUGCCAGUGCAUUCUCAUGCCCAGCCCCCAGAUACCAGGGAAGAGAACAUCCCACUGGAAGGUCAACAGAGUUUGCCAUCCCAAACUUCAGAUUGGAGCCGGUAUUCAAACAGCCUCCUCGAAUCUGUUUCUGUCCCUGGAACACUAAAUGAAGCUGUUGUAAUGACUCCCUUUUCAUCAGAGCUUCAAGGAAUUUCAGAACAGACCCUCCUAGAACUGUCCAAAGGAAAGCCCUCCCCCCACCCCAGAGCCUGGUUUGUGUCUCUUGAUGGAAAGCCGGUCGCACAGGUGAGGCACUCCUUCAUAGACCUGAAAAAGGGCAAGAGAGCCCAGAGCAAUGACACGAGUCUGGACUCUGGGGUGGACAUGAAUGAGCACCACUCAAGUAGAAAACUGGAGAGGGAGAAAACAUUCAUCAAGAGCAUGCAUCAGCCUAAGAUCCUUUACUUAGAAGACUUAGACCUGAGCAGUAGUGAGAGUGGAACCACUGUCUGCUCUCCAGAGGACUCAGCUUUGAGGCACAUCCUAGAUGGAGGGAGUGGAGCUAUCAUGGAGCACCCUGGGGAAGAGUCCCCAGGAAGAAAAAGCACCGCUGAAGAUUUUGAAGCCAAUAUAUCCCCCACUAAAAAAAGGGGCAGACCACCACCACUAGCCAAGAGAGAGAGCAAAACUAACAUCUGGAAGAAGCGAGAGGAACGCCCACUGAUUCCCAUAAAUUAACACCAAGAGUGGUUGUGUCUGUUGUCUUGUGCUGUUUAUUCUUGCUUUUUAUUGUAAAUUGCUGUGUGAACUUCUGAAGAAGCUGAGACUGAGCAAUCUCAUGGUCCCUGGACAUGUCUCAAGCAGAGUAAAUAGUAAAAUGGUAAUUCAGUAGUGAGAAAGAUACCAAGAAAUGCUUUUUUCUGGCCUCUGCUUUUUAUUUAUUUUUGGGUGAUGAAUUUGAAGUAUCUGAGGGUUCAAAAUGUAAAAUAGUAUCCGAAAUUGUUGCUCAGUCAUCAAGUUGAGCCCUGACUCUGAAGAAUAACAGUGAAAAGUAUACUCCUAAAGUUGCUUUCAAAAAUAUUGCUUCUGCUUUGACAACCCCUGUGAAACAUUUAGAAAUGAAACUGUAUUACUCUCGUGAAAUGUUACUAUUAUAUUCUCCACUGCACAUACUUGAAAAUAACUGGAUAAAUGUUCUGGAUUGAUGUUAUUCUAGAGUUCAAAGGCCAAACCACAUUUUCUUUCAUUUUUAAACAGCAUGUAUAUUGUAUCAACCCAAAAGUAAAUUCCAUACUCACCUAAGAUGGGCAAGAAGCUACUUGGUUGUUAGAGAGGGAAAUGCCAGCUCUUUGGUUGUUUUUGGAUAAAACUUCACAGAAUAAAAAGGUGUUAGUUUAUCUAGAAAUCUGAGAAAUGAAUGUUCUGAUACUGAAUUUUUAUUUAAAAAUUUCUUACCCCCUUCCCCAUCACCAAAAGGGAAGUGAGCUUAGCUGUCAAGAAAAAUAUUUACCAGUCUUUAAAAAAAGAAAAAAAUCAUUCCUCCCCCUCCCCAAUCUUUAAGGCUCACUGAUACAUAUAGACUGAAAUCCGUUUUAAGAUAUUUCUUCUAUUCAAAAAAGGUCACUUAAACUAUUAAACUUGAUUUUAAGAAAUCAAUGAACUGAAAGUUUCUUAUAAACAUCCAAACUUAAAAUAUGUGGAGCUAAAGGAAAUAAACAUUUCAAUUUUUUCUGAAAUGUCAAGCAGAAAAAACGUGCCAUUUCUCUUGAGAUUCAAGAAUACCUUCAGGAUCCCAGGUAUACAUCCAGGUUUUUUUAUUGCUGACAUUCUAAAAAAUGGGAACAACAGUUUCAAUUUCACAGGAAAAGUAAAAGAUUUUUCUUAAAUCACUUAAAUGCUUUUAAGUUAUAUAACAUUUUUUCCAGGUUUGGAAGUAAUAUAUUCUUUUCAUCGCAGCAGAGAAUUAGUGUGAACACAUUCAACAGCCGUUUUUAAUUUUAAGUGCUUUCAACUCUGAAUUAUCAUUCAUGUCCUAAAAAUGAAACUUUGUUAAUUAAAAUAAACUCAUCUCAUUUUUCUUAAAAUUUCCAUAAAGGCAAAUGUCUGAAGCAGCUUACCCUUUUCCUUGGGCGGGGGGGG